AUGAACAUACGCUGCGCCAAACCAGAAGACCUCAUGACCAUGCAGCAUUGCAAUCUGCUGUGUCUGCCGGAGAACUAUCAGAUGAAAUAUUAUUUCUAUCACGGCCUAACAUGGCCCCAGCUCAGCUACGUGGCCGAGGAUGAUAAGGGCGGCAUUGUUGGCUAUGUUCUAGCCAAAAUGGAGGAACCCGAACCGGGUGAGGAGAGCAAGCAUGGCCAUAUCACUUCACUUGCUGUCAAGCGUUCCUAUCGCCGCCUGGGCCUGGCCCAGAAACUCAUGAAUCAAGCAUCCCAAGCCAUGGUCGAGUGCUUCAAUGCCCAGUAUGUGUCGCUGCAUGUCCGCAAAAGUAAUCGCGCUGCCCUCAAUCUCUAUACCAAUUCGCUCCUCUUCAAGAUUAUUGAAGUGGAGCCCAAGUACUAUGCCGAUGGCGAGGAUGCCUAUGCCAUGCGUCGCGAUUUGAGUGAAUUUGCUGAUGAGGAGACCAAGGCGAAGCGCAAGGAAGGCAACGAUGACGAAGAGGUCAAUUCAGCCGGCGGCGACAAGAAUUCCCAUAGACCAAGUGGCGGUGCCCAUAACCAUAGCGGUCAUGAUGGUCAUUGUUGUUAACACGCACACGCACACACACACACAUACAAACACUCAGUGGAAGAAAUGCUGCCGGCGUGCGUUUACUUUUUCGGAGAAUGACAAAAGGAAAAGAAUUGUGUCUUUUAAUGCAAUGCUAAUAAAGCGUAUUUAUCCUCAAA